UGUUUUUUGAGGUAAAAUUAUCAGAGUAGAAUUCCCUCAGAAGCCGAAGUCUACAGGAGGGAGGAAGGAAGAAAGAUAGAAACGGAACGAGUUUCUCGCUUGUAAAACGUCGCCGUUCUUAUCGCCUUCAAAAUAUGAAUUUAUCUUCUAAUCGCUAAAAACCAAGGUAUGGGAAAGUGAAGGUCCACGACGAUACUCUCCUCCACCACCGGGCUCCGGCUGACUUCAGCUUCCGGUUCACUUUUCUUUCUUUAUCUUUCUUUUUUCUAAAGCUUUCUGUCUCAAUCUUCUAUGAUUGAUCAUAGUUGCUUACUCUUCAAGCUAAACUUGGUUAAGGUGAUAAUACUUGGGGGCGGGGGGGGAGAUAGUGCUGUGACUGUUAUAUCCUCCCCGGCUGUGGAGGUUUCUUGGAAAAUUUGUUCCGCCAAUCUUACAGUGGCUGUUAUGGAUCUAAAAUCCAAGAGUAUGGCGUGGGUUGGGAACAUUUACCAGAAGUUGGAGACAAUAGGAUAUGAUAUGGAUGAAAUUAUGAAUCAGAGCCAGGAUAGAGUCAAGUAUGUUGAAAACCAGGUGCAGAACAUUGGUGAAAGUGUGAAGAGGUUCUAUUCUGAUGUCGUCCAUGAUUUACUUCCUCCUUUAGUGGACCCUGUAAAACGAGAAGGUCAAGUGCUGGCCUGCAAGAAAAAUGCUGUGGUUGGUACCCAUACCAAGUCAACUAUGGGCAUUGAAAAUGAUCAUGUUGAUGCUGUUAAUAAGCAACUCCAUUUUAAGGUAGGUAAAACUGGUUCUAUGGAAAACCAUGUGAAUCCUUGCGAGGGUGCAGAUAUUGAUAUUGGCUCAGGACAAAUUGAGGAUAUUCCAGAAGUUGAGAAACUUGAACAAGUAGAAGAAAAUGUGAAAAUCGAGAUGUCAUCUGCAAGUGGGGUAGUGAGUGUAAUCUUAUCUGUUGAAGAAGGAUUUUCUGGAGGCCCAUUUCUCAAUGACUUGGCAGAUUGCAACCAUAAAGAUGCAUGUGGGUCUUUAACCAAUGUCUCACCUGCAACUUCAGUUCAUGGCACACAAGUUAAAUCCUCACAAAAUGUGGAAAACCAUUGUGGUCACAUUUGUGUUUCUGAUGUUUCAAAUACUAUUUCUUUUGAAACAAACUUUUCAGUUGUUUCCAAUGAGGAUAAGAUGGUAGAGACUGAAGUUGAUUCCUCCAGAAGUUCUCUGCUAAAUUGCCACUGUAAAGAUGCCUGUGGAUCUGGAACCAAUGUUUUACAUGCAACUUCAGUUUAUGAUGCACAGGUUGAGUCCUCAGAAAAUGUGGAAAGACAUUGUGGUAAUGGCUGUGUUUUUGAUUCUUAUAUUACCAUUGCUUCUCCUGCAACAGACAUUUCGGUUGUCCCCGAUGAUGGAAAGAUGGCAGAGACUGAAGUUGGUUCCUCCAGAAGUUCUCUUCUAGAAUGCAAUCACAAAGAUGCAUGUGGGUCUAUAACCAAUGAUUCACCUGUGGCUUCAGUUCAUGGCAUGCAGGUUGAAUCCUCACAAAAUGUGGAAAAACAUUGUGAUCAUGACUGUGUUUCUGAUGUUUCAAGUACAACUGCUUCUUCUAAAAUGAACUUCUCAGUUGUCUCCAAUGAGGAAAAGAUGGCAGAGGCUGAAGUUGAUUCCUCCAGAAGUUCUCUGCUAAAUUGCCACCAUAAAGAUGCAUGUGGGUCUGGAACCAAUGUUUCACUUGCAACUUCAGUUUAUGAUACACAGGUUGAAUCCUCAGAAAAUGUGGAAAGACAUUGUGGUAAUGGCUGUGUUUCUGAUUUUUAUAUUACCAUUGCUUCUACUGCAACAGACAUUUCAGUCGUCCCCAAUGAUGGAAAGAUGGCAGAGACUGAAGCUGAUUCCUCCAGAAGUUCUCUUCUAGAAUGCAACCACAAAGAUGCAUGUGGGUCUAUAACCAAUGAUUCACCUGCGGCUUCAGUUCAUGGCAUGCAGGUUGAUUCCUCACAUAAUGUGGAAAAACAUUGUGAUCAUGACUGUGUUUCUGAUGUUUCAAGUAUAAUUGCUUCUUCUAAAAUGAGCUUCUCAGUUGUUUCCAAUGAGAAAACGAUGGCAGAGACUGAAGUUGAUUCCUCCAGAAGUUCUCUGCUAAAUUGCCACCAUAAAGAUGCAUGUGGGUCUGGAACCAAUGGUUCACCUGCAACUUCAAUUUGUGGUACAAACUUUGAACCCUCACAAAAUGUGAAAAGACAUUGUGAUAAUGACUGUGUUUCUGAUGUUUCUAUUACCAUUGCUUCUCCUGAAACAAACAUUUCAGUUGUCUCCAGUGAUGGAAAGAUGGCAGAGACUGAAGCUGAUUCCUCCAGAAGUUCUCUUCUAGAUUGCAACCAUAAAGAUGCAUGUGGGUCUAUAACCAAUGAUUCACCUGCGGCUUCAGUUCAUGGCACACAGGUUGAACACUCAAAAGAUUUGGACGGACAUUGUAAUGACUGCUUUUCUGAUGCUUCUAGCACCAUUGCUUCUCCAGGAAUAAACAUUUCAGUUAUCUCUAGUGAUGAAAAGGUGGCAGAUACUGAAGUUGAUUGCUCCAGAAGUUUUUCUCUGGAUUGCAACCAUAAAGAUGCAUGUGAAUCUGGAACCAAUAUUUCACUGGUGCCUUCAGUUCAUGGCACCCAUGUUGAAUCCUCACAGAAUGUGGACAGACAUUGUGAUAGUGACUGCUUUUCUGAUGGUUCUAAAAUGAUUGCUUCCCCUGAAACAAACAUUUCAGUUGUCUCCAGUAAUGAAAAGUUGGCUGAGACUGAAGUUGCUUCCUUGGGAAGUUCUCUUCUAGAUUGCAAACAUAAAGAUGCAUGUGAAUCUAGAACUAAUGUUUCACCUGUAACUUCAGUUAACGGCACACAGGUUGAAUCCUCAAAAAAUGUGGACAGAUAUUCUGAUAAUGCUUCUAGCUCCAUUGAUUCUCCUGAAACAAAAUUUUCAGUUAUCUCCUGUGAUGAAAAUAUGGCAGUGAUUGAGGUUGAUUCAUCCAGAAGUUCUCUACUAACAGAGCCAUAUUAUGUUUUUACCAAUUCACCAGAAACCUUUCCUGAAAGUACAGAAUGUUAUCAUAACUCAGUUUGCAUAAGUGGGGCUGUUCUUGAUGGUCCAAGUGCUUUUGCAUCUUUCACACUGGUCCCACCCCAUGAGAGAAAGGUAGCGGAGAUGGUUCCUUCGAGAGAUGUCCUAUCCUUAAAUGCAAUUGGAAAUAGUAGUGUUGAGUUGUCACCAGCUCAACUAAAAAGUCCUACGUCUUCAUCAUGCAUUGGAGCUCCAUCCUACUCCAGAAAUGAUGAUGUUGAUUAUUCUAAGUUGGAAACCAUUGAAUUGUCUGACAAUGUGAACCUGGAGAAUGGCUGUGAUAUAGUGGGUGAUAGUUUUCUCUAUGCUGUCUCUCGUAGAAGCCAGAAACUCAGAUCAUUCAAGAAAAAGAUCCAGGAUGCAUUUACUUCAAGAAAAAGGCUAGAAAAAGAAUACGAGCAACUAGCAAUUUGGUUUGGAGAUGUUGAUAUGGGGCCGUGCCAAGAUGAUUUGCAGAAUUGCUUGCCAUCAACAGCCACCACAAAUUUAGAGACUGGAAAUUCACAUGGUCAUAUAUGUGACAGUGACACUGAGUGGGAACUCCUAUAGGUAAAUAAAUUGCAUCUCUGUGAAUAAGUGUAACUGGACUGGUAUUCGGCCCCUCUGUUGCUUAAUCAGAUCAAUAUAUUGAGCUAGAUGCUACUCUCUGAAUAAUGGUCCCAAAGUUCUCAUGUCCUCUGAUACAGUAAUAAAGUAGUUAUAUCUUAGAUCUCAAAAAUGUUGGGAUAUUUCUCUGUCAAAUAUUAUGUAUUUCUUGUACAUAUUUAAUUGAUUAGUACUAGAUUAUUUUUCUUUCAGUUUUGAGGUAGAGGACCAUUUUGGGCUUUGUAGCAUUUUCAUUCUUAAUGAACAGAAUAAAAAUUACUACUCCUA